UCGGAUCUGCUCCAGAUGCGCCAAUCAUCCGCAGAGGACGACGUGCGCGCACAGGGCGAUGAGCUCAGUUGAGAGCAAAGACAGUUGAUUGCCGGUGGCUGUCAGCGUUAUUUGCUCUUUCCGUAAUCCUUGUUUGCGUAAUUUUACAGCGGGUAUUGGAUGCCGCGUGGACCAGGAUUAUUUUGGCGAGGAUAUCUCUCGGGCUCUCCCCGCCUCCCGUGUGUGUCCUCAACAUUCAGACGGGGGACUAUUUGUCUGGAGCAAUAUUGUAAUUGUAAACAGACGAGGAGCCGUUUUAAUGAGAUCCACCAUCGCUGCGUCCCGGUUGGAGCCUUCACUUUGCGAUGCCUGGGAAAUUCUCCAGCUGCUCUUCCAUGCUGUUCUCUGAAGAUGGCAUCGUCGUAAACAUUUCUUGGAUUUAGAUCAACAGCUAGCAUGUUGCAGCCUAUCAACAGAACAAGUGACCGCCUGCUGAAAGCAGUGCCUCAUUGGAGAGAGCGUCCGGGAUGGGUCCUCUCCCUCUGCCUCGGCAUGGCCCUCCUCUGGCUUCCGGGGGCAGCGGCAUCGACCCUCAACUGCCACAAGACGUGCAUCUGCGCCUCAAACAUCGUGAGCUGCUCCAAGAUGAAUCUGACCACCGUCCCUACAGGCCUGCCGCUCUACACCGCCGUGCUGGAUCUCAGCUACAAUGAGAUAGAGCGUCUGCGAUCGGACUGGACCCCGGUCAAGCUCCUGAAGCUGCAUAACCUCCUCCUCAGCCAUAACGGUCUCCACUUCCUGUCUGCAGAGGCGUUCCAACAUGUGAAGCACCUGCGUUACUUGGACCUGUCCUCCAACGACUUGCAACUGCUGGAUGAGUUCAUCUUUGAGCCUCUGGUCAACCUGGAGGUCCUCUUGCUGUACAAUAAUCACAUUUCCCAGAUUGACCGCUCCGCUUUUCUCGGCAUGAUCAACCUCCAGAAGCUCUACCUAAGUCAGAACCAAAUCUCCCGCUUCCCUGUGGAGCUGGUCAAGGAAAAGUCCCGACUGGAGAAACUUAGUCUCUUGGAUGUGUCCUCCAACAAGAUCAAGAUGUUUCCCAUCGAUGAGCUGCAGGCGCUGCCUGCCUGGAUUAAAAACGGCCUCUACUUCCACAAUAACCCUCUGCUGUGUCACUGUGGUAUUUACACACUCCUUGCCCAUUGGUACAUUCGAAAGCUCAACUCUGCUGUGGACUUCAAAGACGACUACACCUGCAUUCUGCCUGGCCCGCAAAAAAACAGAGUCGGCAUUUUUGAUCUCAGCGGCGACAGUAUGAACUGCAGCACAUUCAAGGAGGAAGAUGAAGAGGCUUUUUUGGAGCAGAGGCUAAUCCUUGGCUGCGACACCAAACACCGGGGGAUGUUAAAAACCUGGACGAUGCCUGGUAAUGUGGGAGUGACAACUGGAAGCAACCAGACAGCCAAAGUCUUGCCAGAUGGAAAUCUGCAGAUUGGUUCAGUGAGGACUGAGGACUCUGGGACCUACACUUGCUUUGCCGUGAGCUCGGCCUUCAACGAGACCAUCUAUGUGGUGCUGAAGGUUCACAACUUCACCAUGCAUGAGGACGGCGAGAGCAUGAACACAGCCUACACCACCUUGGUGAGCUGUCUGGCCAGUGUGGUGCUUGUGCUCAUGUAUCUUUACUUGACGCCAUGUCGCUGCUUCUGCUGCGCCAACACGGGUAAGGCUCGCGGCGAUGACAGCAUCCACUCGUCCAUGCUCAGCGUGACUCACGAGGACACAGCGCUCAAGGCCGAGCUGAACAGGCACGUGGCCUUCAUAGACUCCAAGGACUUGCAGGGCCAGAACGGCAAGCUGAACCCCAAUGGGGAUGAGGACGAUGAUGAUCUGGAUGCAGAGGCUGGUUCUCUUAUGAAGGGGAAGAGGAAGAAGUCAGUAGCAAAGUCCAUCAGCUCCGUCUUCUCAGACACUCCCAUGGUGGUCUGAGAAGAGACUGGAUGUACAUGGUACGAUGAGAGCCAUGUUUUAGUUGACGUAAACUGUGACUGUGACUUUGUGGAAGGAAACGGAGGAAGGAAGUUCAUCUCAAGAGGUGGGAAAGUGGAAAUAAGGAUCUCAGAGGGAGUAAAAAAACAAACGGUCUUGUUGCCCACAAAGACAAUGAGCAGGACUUUUCCAGCAUUUUAAUCUGUAGCACUUAAUAUUCAUACUGUGAAGGAAUGGCAGUGUACAUGAACAGUGGGAACGUAGACAAUAUAUUGUUGAUAUGAGCACUCAGGAAGGGGUCCAUCAAUCUGCUAACAUUUGGGAAAUAGAUAUCAUACAAUGCACAGGGUGAAAUUAGAUGUAAGUAGUGUAUAUUUAAACCAUGGCUGACUCAUAAUUAUAUUUAUUACACUGACUAGAAUAGAUUCAUCGUACCUAAACAUUAGAGCAUGUGACCCUCUAUCUACACAGGGAACAGGCCGUGAAUACAUUAGUCGUUAACCUUGAGUCAUCUGUAGAGAAACAGCACGCCAUAAAAAACCCUCAUUAAAUGAGGUCUCAGGCUGAUCUGUAUAAGUGGGAUAAAGAGAAUGUGCACAUUGAGAAAGCACUAACACAAACAUAUUAAGAGCCAAUCGCAGGUCAUUUCCAUUCUACUUGGCUACACUCAGAUUUAGGUCAUCGGUCUAAUCUUUUAAAUAUUCAUAGUAGUGUAUAGCGAUAUAGGAAAAAUCGGUAUUCGAUAAAGAGGGAUGAAUUUACACAGAGGUAUGGCAUGAAAUAGUAAACCAGCUUGAGGCAGAUCAUUUCUUAUGAAUGGACAUCUACACUAUAACCCCAAAAGCAACUGUACAGCAUUACAAACAUGGCACACAGCAAGCAGAUACACAUUAGAAAUUCCCAAGGAAUUAAUUUGUCUUGAAAGAUUAGCAACAUAUUGUCUCAGAUCUGUACACAGACCGGUACCAUGGUUCUUACAAGAACUAAUAGGAGCUUGACUCUUCCUCUCGACCAAGUUAUAUUAAUUUGUUUCUCUGUCACACGAGCAGGAAGUUAAAGACCAAGCUAAAAGCUGCCAGCUUGAGUUUAUUUCAUCCAUUCUUGUAUGUAAAAUGAGCACCUUACACAGUAUAUACACCUUAAUGUGUCCAUAUGUCAUAAAUGAUGUCGUAGAUUUAAGUAUUUUGCUUGGAUGGACAAGUGCAUGUGUCACCCUGUUUUGUCCUGUGGUAGGUACACUGUGUACCUAUACAGCCGACAGGGUUCCUCCAGAAGAUUAUGAGUAAUGUUGAUGGUACAUUAUUUGACAGGACAGAGAUUAUUCUACAGUUUGAAGCGACUGUCAGAAAACCUCGUGGAAAACUGGAGACUUCCGAAGAUAAGUUGAAUUACUUUCCGCGAGAAACACCUUGUAUGCUGUGCAUAUUUCAUGAACAAGGUUUAAAACAGGCACGCACCAGAUAAUAAAUGGUGCCUUUUAAACAAGGCGUGCCCGGUGUAAAUGCUAAUUUCAUCUUCUGAUGGGAUGCAGCGACCCUCUGCUCGGUCUUUGUCUCUCUCGCAGGAGAUGUGUGUGUGUGUUAUCAUGAGCCACAACUACACAAAGCCUUCCUCUCUGGCUCGCUGCACACUGACGGCUUCAAUUCAGUCCAGAUGUUUGCUUUGUUUUGUGUACCUCUGUCAUAACGUAGCUGCUCUCACUUUAGUUCAAAAACAAUCAGGCAACCAGGCAAUGAAUGUGAUGCCCUUUUAAGUCGUCUUUAAUGUUCGCCACCUUCCUAAAAUAAUGGUAUAAGUCAUUUUUAAAGGUUUUUCAAAAAACACAAAAAACAGGGCCACAUAUUGAUCAUAUGAUAUUGUGAUAUAUUAUACUACAGGGGUAGAAUCACAUGUGUUGUGUUCAACUGAGGAUGUAGGCGAUUUUACCAGAGGUGGGCAAUAUCAUGAGGAGAUGAUUUAGGCAACAAACAAAAAAUAUUUGUUGUCAAAUAAUUAUAUAGGCCAAUAUUUUAGUAAGGUACUGAUAUGUUUAUGAGGGAAACGCCGGGAGCUUUCAUUCAACAUUUGCUCUCACACUGGGAACUCUCACUCCCAAUUGUGAUUUCAAAGUAUAAUCAUAGUAUUAUUUCAAAGUAUAAGUUAUUGCUCAAUGCUUCUCAGUUUUCCACAACACUACAUAUAAGAACAGAUAGCGUAUCAAAUCCAUUCAGCUAGCAAUUUAAUGUCAGUACAGCUCUCAAAUGUUAAGAUGUACACUUUACCGAAUGCAAUUGGUUUUUACGCAAAAUUAAUGUUAUAUUCACAGUUGCAGUGUGCAACGCAGCAUCUUCUGUGUGUGGGUGAGAAGAGGAAGUCACACUUAGCAGAGAGGUGGUGUGUGAAUCAUUCCACUCUCACACACACAUAGGAAUACCAGUUGGAAAAAUGUAAAACCACAUUUAGCACUUCUGCUGACGGGGUGCAAUUGGUGAAAGAUCUAUCCCAUUUUUAGGGCUCCAGCCUUUAGGUGUUGCGCUCGAGAAUUUAAAUAUAUGUGCUGUUCCCUGUUUUCACAUCAGGGGAUCAAUCCAAAACCUCUUGGAUUUUAAGCCCUGGUCCCUCAAGGCGGCAUGAGAAAAAACGCCUACAUGGCAAUCAAAGAAUCUAAUAUGGCAAAAAAUAACUAAACUCACACAAUGAUCUGGAAGACUAUCAUGUGUUUCCCCCCAGUAUAUGAGUGUCAAUUGAUCUAAAUUGGCACUGGCGAACGAUUGGUCUUCUGGGUUGUCACUCAAAAUACAAGUUGCAUUCUGUACAGAGAAAAAGUGCUUUUGCAAAGCACCUAUCAUAGAGGAGAAGAGUGGCUUCAUGGUCCCCAAAGAAUCUGCCUUCCUAUAUAUAUCUAUAUAUACAGUAUAUACAGAUGUAUUACGACUCUCCUUUCUGUGUUCAGUAUUGAUUAGUUGCGUACUGCUAUGUUCUACCAGUGUACUGACGGUAUUCUUGUAUGAUCGGAUGUCAUGGCAUUACCUCUGCCGCUGUGCUACUGUUAGUCGUUUCAACAUUCAAGUCUUGACCAUAAAUGUUUAUUUUUAAACUGGCUGCGGUUACAUUUUCUAUUUACAUAGGAUGUAUUUUACACUUGACUCUGUUGAACAAUAUGGUUAAACUGAAAAUAUGUAUUGAAAAUGUCUGUAAAACUGCAGAGGAGUGCCAGUUUUUAAAUCAUCGUCACCUCCUAAUGGGCAGUGAGUAUGUAGCCAGUAGUUAUUCUCAGUCAAUAUCACAAAGCCAUAAGAAAUUCGAGGAAAAGCAGAGUGCUUCAUCAGAUUGGUGGCUAUGUCAGGUGAUAAAUGGAGUUGUAGGUAAGUUCUCAAAUAGAUACAACGACAACAACAACUGUUCUGUCUAACAAAAAUCAAAGAAUAUUUUUUAUAAAAGCUGGGGAUGAAAAUCAAGAGACCUCUGCGCCAAUGAAUUCCUGAAAAACAGCAUUGUUCUGAAUGGAUUUGAAGACAGACGGUGAAUAAAUCUUCUCAGGACUGUCAUUUUUAAGUUCUCAAUUUAAUGCGACGCACAAAGGUUUUCACAUUUGCAGCAUGGUCUCUGCCCGAGAUACAUCUAGCUCCGCUCAUCUGACUAUGUAGUAGCAAUUAAGAAACAUCCUUGAGGGGGUGGGGCUAAAGUCUCUGCUUUCACAGUGUCCACAGAACAGGAAUGCAGCUUUUAACAGCAUUGAAAGCAGUUAGUUGACCACGGCCUCAAAAGGUGAGCUGGUUGGUCACUGACAUAAAAUAAAAGGUCUUGCGGCUGAAGUGGAAUGGCUUUGCAUGGUUUACUUUAGAGCUUCUCUGACUGCAGAAUAGGUGCAAAUUAAUUUGACUUAAUAAUAAAGAUCAAGAUUUUCACUUUG